AUCCAUGUAAUAAUUUUUCUAAGACCACCUCAGCCUUCGCUAACCCCGUCACCCGUGCACGAAAUAUGAUGCACCACUGCUCCCCCUGGGACAAGCCAUUCAAAACAAAAACUAAUCCUUAUCCGUACCCUCAAAUAACCUUAACUAAUAAUUAAUUAAUCGUCAUUUGUUCCAUGGUUUGAAAGAGUCAGUUCUUUAGGCUUAAUAAAAAUCAGAAAAAACAACUAAGAAGGUGAGGGAAACCCCACAGCUCCUUCCUCCCUCUCCUCCCUGUCCUUCUCCUUUGUGGGGUUGGGACUCUCAUGACUCAUCAGAGUCCACCCAAUUUGUUCUCUUGUCCACAAUAAAAAUAAAGACGUGUGGGCCCAUGCAUCAUUCUCCCAUGACCUUUUCCUCAUCCUCCCUUAUAUGAACACUUGGAGCCUCUGCCGAAGGGAAUCACAAGGGAAAGACCGAGCUGAGCUAACUUUGUGUAUAAUGGAGGGAAGCGGAUCAGAGCUGGACCUCCCCGGAUUCCGGUUCCACCCCACCGAAGAGGAGCUCCUCGACUUCUAUCUCCGGCGUGUGGUCUUCGGCAAGAAGCUCAACUUCGACAUCAUCGGCACCCUCAAUCUCUACCGCCACGAUCCCUGGGAACUCCCAGGGUUGGCGAAGAUAGGGGAGAGGGAGUGGUAUUUUUUCGUGCCGAGGGACAGGAAGAGUGGGAACGGGGGGAGGCCGAAUCGGACGACGGAGAGGGGGUUCUGGAAGGCGACCGGGUCGGACCGGCAGAUCCGGAGCGCGGCGGACCCCAAGCGCCUCAUCGGCCUCAAGAAGACGCUCGUCUUCUACCAGGGCCGGGCCCCACGCGGCACCAAGACCGACUGGGUCAUGAACGAGUAUCGCCUCCCCGACGCCCCCCAUCCCAUCCCCAACUCCAUCCCUCCUCCCAAG